AUGGGCGCAGCCAUCUUGGCACCCGCCGCCGUGCGCCGCGCGGCCAAUCAGCGGCGGGGGCUCCGCCCGGACUCGCCGUUCAUUGCCCGUGCACGCCCGGACAGGCAGGAGCUGGCAGCUCUGCGAGCCCCUCGGGCGCUGCUGGGGCCGGUCCGAGCGGGGCGGGGGCCGGGCCGGGCCGGGCUGGGGCGGCCCGAGCGCUGCCCGCGGCCGUGCGGGGCCGGACACCGCGCUGCGGGGCUGGGCGGCGACGGCGCCCGCCCGGCUGCUGCUGGGGGUGAUCAGCGGCUGCAGGCGGUGGGCAGGCACCGCGCCUUCCUCCUCCUCUCCUCCAUCCACCUCCUCCUCCUCCGCCUGACGUCAGCCCGCGGCCCCGCUCAGUCUCGGGCGGCCGGCGGCGGGCAUGGCUGGGGGCGGCGGCCGGCGAGGCUCGCCCUGGGCUGGGGCUGCUGCCUCCUGCUCUGCUGCGCUGCAGCCAGCAAGCUGGAGAUCUCCAUGCCGCCCGUGGUGGAAGUGGCAGUGGGGGGCACAGCCAGGAUCGAGUGCAACUUCUACAUCCCUGAGAAUGCUUCCUACACCUACAUCGACUGGUUCUACGUGGACCACAGCAACAAGCAGGUGAGGCUGUACCACAUCACGGCCGACGGGGUCCUGGAGGACGACACGGACUACAAGAAGCGUCUGUCACUGGGGGAGGACAAGGCCCUGUCCAUCAGUGAAGUGACACUGCAGGACCCCAAGACCUUCAUGUGCCAGGUUGGAGCUGGCAGCUAUGGCGUGGGCGAGACCAGCACCAAUCUCAGUGUCUACAAGGUCCCCAUGACCCCCGAGAUUGAGCCCAACUCAGGAGGCAUCUCUGUGCACAGCAGUGAAAUCCCAGAGAUUGCCAAGUGCGUGAGCAAAAACGGCUUCCCAGCUCCCAACAUCACGUGGCACAAGAACGGGGAGCAGCUGCACGCCCGGGAGAACCAGGUGACGAUACUGGCGACGGUGACGCGCGAGACCAGCGGGCUGUACACGGUGAGCAGCGUGCUGUACGCGCCCGUCACGCGCGAGGACCGCCACUCCCGCUACCACUGUACCGUGCACUACUGGCUGCGCGGCCAGAGGCACACGCUGGACUCACCGCCGGUGCAGGUCAACAUCUUCUACCCCUCCGAGAACCUGAAGCUGAAGGUGAUGCCGUCCUCGACGCUGGUGAAGGAAGGGGACAAUGUGACACUGGUCUGCGAGGCUGAUGGCAACCCACAACCUGUCUUCACCUUCUUUAAGAAAAACCUGGAUGGGUGGCAGGAUGUGACAUCGCUGGCAGAGCCCGAGAGCGGCGUCCUGAGGCUGCACGACGUGAACAAGACCAACAAUGGCACGUACAGGUGCCAGUCCCUGGACCUCGAUGAUAUGUCACAGAUAGAGGAGGAUGUGGAUCUUGUUGUGAACUACAUUGAAGGGGUCCAUGUGAAGAUGGAGCCGUCCUCGACCCUUCGUGAAGGGGACAGUGUGACACUGAGCUGUGAUGCCUACAGCCCUGUGGGCCUGAAAUACCAGUGGAGGGACGACAAGGGCAAGAAGGUGGGGGAAGGCAACCAGCUCUUGGUGAAGAACCUCACCUUUGAGAAGUCCAACACCUUCAGCUGCAAGGUGAUGGCCCCGAGCGUGCCUGGGCUGGAGCAGAGCAAGAAGGUGUCCGUGGCUGUCGAGGGGAAGCCGCGGAUCGUGGCCAUCAGCUCCCCGCUGUACGUGCGCCAGGGCGAGGUGAUCAACCUGACCUGCAAGGCCAUCGCCUUCCCCCCGCCCACCGUCCAGUGGAGCAUCAACGGCACGGCUCACGAGUACGUGGACAACCAGCACAUCGCCAGCAACCUGACGGUGCGGGUGAGCCACGACCUGGUACAGGCAGGAGCCAUGUGCCGGGUGUUCAACAAGCUGGGGACCAGUGAGGAGCGCAUCCAGCUGGUGGCGGAUCAAAAGUCAACAGCAGAGAGCCAAGGGGUGAUCAUCGUGGCCAUCAUCGUGGCCAUCCUCGUGGUGGCUGUGCUGGGCGCUGUCAUCUACUUCCUGCACAAGAAAGGCAAGAUCCCGUGUGGCCGUGCCGGGAAGCAGGACAUCACAAAGCCAGAGGCCCGUAAAGACAAGAUUGUAGUUGAAGUUAAGUCAGAUAAACUUUCCGAAGAGGCGGGGCUCCUGCAGGGCGCCAACGGCGAGAAGAGAGCCGCAGCUGACCAGAGCGAGAAAUACAUCGAUCUGAGAAACUAGAGAGGAAACCUCCUAAGUGCUUUCUUCCUUCAAACCUUUCCUGCUCUUGGAUUGCCUUCUCCCACCCCUGCUCCAGCCCCUGGGGAGCACGGCCAGAGACCAGCCGAGUGUCACCGUGCUGGGGACACCUCCCUGACUCACCUGGCCACUACCUCAGCCCUGGGCUCGCAGGUGUUGCCUUAGCAGCAAAGCUGGACUCGCUUUACUACUCCAGAGAAGCCACAGCAAUAUUAGGAAGAAUUAUAUCCCAUUAAUCCCUACUUGGUGGAAGGAUUUGAGGCUCUUUCAGGUAAUCUGUUCUGUACAUGUUGUGGGAAGGUUUUGACACAUUCUUUUUACCCUGACCUUGCUCAGAGAGGCUGGUGGAAUUCAGGUUUUGGGAUGUCUGAGGCACCUUGGCUGUAGUGGGUGCAGGUGGGAGGAGAGAGAGUGGAAGGGGGGUGAGUUAGAGAGGUGUUUGCAGCUUCCAAGAGGGUUUUUUGAGUGCUUGGCUUUGUCUUUGAAGCGUUCCUGGGUCAGUUUAUCCCAGAGGUGCUGUGAUCCCACAGGAGGAGAGGACCUGGCACAGCAAGGAAGGGGUGCCAACCUCCAGAAAGAUCUGGGGGUGUCUGGUUUGGAGCUGUGCUGACUCGAGGGCAGGGCUCUCUCCCCCCUCUGAAUUUGGUUCAUUGUAGGGACGCUGCAACAGCAGCACCCAGAGCUCCCACAGGUUUAAAUUCAACAUUGGGCAGGGCCAGUCAGUGACGUCUCAGGGUUUUUUGUGCUCAGCCAUUGCCAGCCCCAGGUCAAACUCCUCUCUGUGCUUCGCUGCCACCUCUGGCCCCACGGGGAGGAGAGGAGAAGGGCAAGAACCUUCCAUGAGCUUCUGUGCCAGCCUCCCCUGCCUUAUCCCAGAGGGAUCAGCCCCUCCUGCCUCUCUGUCCCCUCCUCUGAGCUCUGCUGGCCACAAGGCUUCGUCCCCUGGCUCACAGAGGGGACCUGUCCCCGCCUGCUACACGUGGUGUCCGAGCAAAAGCUUUGGUUUAUAUAUAUUUUUGUUGGAUUGUGUGUACAUUUCCAGGAGUUUUAUUUCUCUUUUUUUUUUUUUGGUUGUCCGAUACUUGCAAGGUUUUGUUUUUU